GACGGCACGCUGACGGACACGGACCCGAUCCACCACGCGGUCUUCUCCGACAUGCUCCUCAAAGACAACAAGAACGGCGGCGUCCCCAUCGACGACGCCUUCUUCCGCGCGCACAUCGCCGGGCGGACGAACGAGGACAUCUUCGCGGCGCUGUGGCCGGAGUUGUCUCUCGACGCGCGGAAAGAAAUGUGGGAAGAGAAGGAGGCUGAGUUCCGGCGCCGCGCGGCGUCGCAGCUCACGCGGCUGCCCGGGCUCACGGACCUCCUGACGUGGGUCAACAUGAGAGGGGUGCGCAAAGUCGCGGUCACGAACGCGCCGCGAGCGAACGCGGAGCUCAUGUUGCGAGCGUUGCGUCUGGAGAAUUACUUCGAGGCGCGUUCUAUCUUACACUGGUCCCCAUACGACCCCGCGGUGAUCUGCGGCGUCGAGUGCUCGCGCGCCAAGCCGCAUCCGGAGCCGUACCUGGAGGGCUUGAAAGCGAUCGGCGCGGUCACGCCGGAGCUCGUCGAUCGGUGCGUCGCGUUCGAGGACUCGCCGACCGGCGCGAUGGCCGCGGUGAGAGCCGGGAUCGCGACCGUGGGGAUACUGACCGCGCAGCCGGCGGCGGCGUUGUACGACGUUGGGGCGUCGCUGUGCGUGAAGGACUUCGCCGCGGGGGAGCUGCUCGAGGCGAUCAGCGGCGAGGACUCGCUGUUUUUGUGA